CGCGACUCUCGCUGGCUUUGCUGCGCUUGUCGCCAACGACACACCGACUGGCCUUCCCCAAGCCGUCCACAUUUUUCAGAAAGACGCGGGCGCAGCGCAAUGCAAGAGCUCCUCGGCACAGGUAUCGAUCUGCUCCGCGUGCGCCGAUGCACUGUACAGUCAGCCCCUAUCGCCCGACGGCCAGCUUGAAGACGUCUUUUUUGGUGAUGCAUUCAUCCAAUUAGGAGACUGGAGGCUCGGCGAUUACGACGGAAAACACGCUUCAAUUUCGCACCGCUCCGGCAACACCUCCCAGGCCUUCAAACGUAUCGACUCCAGUGCGGAAGGUACGCAGGGCGGCCACGACGAAGGUCCUGGCGCCCCGGUUGGCCCAAUGAGUAACUACAGUACGUGGGACCGCCCAGCACAGCCACAAGGGGUGCAAUACAGCCAACUUUCGCGGGUCGCAUUUGGCAGUGCAUUCAUUCAGAUCGGGGAGUGGCGUUUUGGACUGCACCGCGCUAACCACUUCUCUAUGAGCAACCAGAUCGACCAAACUGCAUUGAUCUGGUCCUCUGCAAGAUUCAUUGCGUACCCGGAUCCCCUUCUUUAUUUUGGACCACAAGGAGGCAGCACUUCAUUGUGGACGCCCCCCUGGGAGACCAAUUUUCCGCUACUUAGCUACGUACCAAAGUAUCGCUCUACGUGUGUGGAGAUAAACGAAUGCGACUACGCGCCGUGCGACGUGCGCCCGCUGCAUCUGCUCUACCCGCAAGCGGGCGCCAAACCCGGCAGCUACUUGAACGUACAGCUCAGCCAGA